AUGCCCUGCCGUAAAUUGCCGCGCUCGGCCGUGGCUUUCUUGACGUCAGCUUCGCCUCGACCAUCGUCAACCGCACCCACGGCUGCCGUGGCGCCCAUUGCGGCACACGACCACUCGACCUUGGUAGACCAAAGCAAGAGAACUUCAUUGGCCACCGAGUUUCAAGACACGAAGCGAAUUUUUGCUUCAAAGAGUACCGCUGAGCUUGUACGUGCUUACGCUGUUUACUUUAUGUCCCAGUUCCGUCCCCUCGUGCAACACAGUGGCAAAUUGCUUGAGCUCUCGUACAAGUUUCCGGGCGCCACGUUCACGAACGCUCUACUGCGCGCCACCUUCUUUGGCCAUUUCUGCGCUGGCGAGGACGUAAAUGAAAUCCGCCCUGUCAUUCAAAAGCUCCAGUCUGCCGGUAUCGGGGCGAUUCUAGAUUUUGCCGCUGAAGCCGACGUGGAGCAGCCGCGUGAUUUGAACGGAGUUGAUCAGAAUUUGGUUUCGGCUCGUACGUACGCCUACGAUGGCGAGGCGGCUUGUGACGCCAACGCCGCUAUCUCGCGCCAUGCCAUAAUUGAUGCUAGCGAGGCGGCGUCUAUCGGUGAGCCUGCGUUCGUGGCCAUUAAAUGCACGGCGCUGGGCAAACCGGAGCUGCUCAUGCGCAUGUCUGCCAUCAUCGUGCAGGCGCAGCUGCUGUUUCACACGCUGGAUAGCCCUAACUUAUCGCGCGCCAAGUCACGCUAUCUCGAGCGCAUGAUUGACUACCCUACGCUAAGCGCAGGUCUUCGUAAUGCCGGCGUGGACUCUAGUGAGGAGGAGAUACAGAAGCUCUUUGCUGAACUCGACCAGUCGUCCGGUGACGGUGUGAUCGAUUACGUGGACUGGGUCAGCUUUCUCGACCCGUUUGAUCUGACCAUGGGCCCGCUCACUCAGUUCAUUGAGGAGGAACCGCUUUCUGGCAGUGAGAAGACGCAGCUGCAUAAUAUGAUUGCUCGUCUCGAAUCACUGGCUAAUGAUGCCUCGGAACGCGGCGUGAAGCUCAUGAUUGACGCCGAACAGACCUACAUGCAGCCGGCGAUUGACCACCUGACGCUGAACCUCCAGCGCAAGCACAACCGCAACGGUGCCGACGUCAUUUACAACACGUUCCAGUGCUACCUGAAGACUUCGAGCGACCGCAUUGACAUUGACCUGGAGCGUUCUCGUCGCGAGAAGUUUCGCUUCGCUGGCAAGCUGGUGCGUGGUGCUUACAUGGUGCAGGAGCGCAAGCGUGCCCGCGAUAAGGGAUAUGCCGACCCGAUCCACGACACUAUUGAAGACACACACGAGAACUACGACACUCAGGUAUCAAAAUUGUUGCGUCAUAAUCACUUGGCCAGCUUCAUGGUGGCGUCGCACAAUGAGAAGUCAGUUGUGAACACGGUGCAGCAGAUGCAGGACAUUGGUAUUAGCCGUGCUACUGGUGGUGUAUACUUUGGCCAACUUCUUGGUAUGUGCGACCACGUCUCGUACACACUCGGCGCUAACGCUUACAAGGUGUUUAAGUACGUACCGUACGGCCCUAUCCAUGAGGUACUGCCAUACCUUAUCCGUCGUGCCCAGGAGAAUUCGGGUCUUAUGAGCGGUGCUCAGUUGGAAAUGCGUAUGUUGCGGUCGGAGAUUAAGCGUCGCAUGUUUGGAUGA